AUGGGCCAACAGGUAGGCUCUCUUCUGGGGAAGCCAGUGCUUCCCGCAGACGAUUUUCAGACACGCCGCAGCAGCAGCCGUAGGUCCUCCCGCAGGGACUGCUCGGGCAUUUGGCUCUUGAGGCAGGAGGCUCAGCAGAGGAGGGCCGCCCAGGAGGCUGCGAGGCCCCCGUCCGCCUUCAGGCCCGUGGUAGGCCGGCGAGGCCAGGUGCCUUAUGUCCCCAGGCCUGGGCCUCUGAGCACAGACCACCGCAGGCAGAGCGCCAGAGCUCCAGCUGCCCCCUCCCCCCAGCCCUCCUGUGUGAGCUCCACGAAGCGAGAUGCCAUCAGCAGCUCCUACAGCUCCACCGGGGGGCUGCCGGGACAGCGCAGGAGGGCUGCAGCCCCCUCGCACACCAGGCCGCCCCCGGGCUCCGCCAAAGAUCUGAAGGCGGCCAGGCAGGACAGCCUCCAGCAACCGUGUUCGGCCCCCCAAGUUCCCCGUAAGACCAGGAACAAGGUGGUUGCAGACACACCAUCCAGACACGAAGAAACCAGGAAGGAACAGAUGACACCAGAGGGUGCUGGCCUAGGAAGAAGAAAGAUCCCUCUCCUGAGGCCUCGCCAAGGGCCACCCCUCAGGCUGCCACCCCCUCCGGAACUAAGCUAUAAGAUCACCGCGGAGCACAUAGAUCAGGAGAAGAAGGCAGCAUUCCAACUUCUGAAUGCCAGGCUGAUGGGUAAGUUGCAGGCCCUAGACAUCAGCAGCACCACACAGCCUGUCUGCCCUCCUCCCCUGCCUGGCACAGGUACUGCUCCUGAACCCUUGAUCUCUGCGGGGGAGAGUAACCACAGAAAGCAGCAGGACUCCACCCUCACCAGUAGCCCUCAGCCUUCCUGCCCUGCUUCCCAGCCUCUGCCAGGCACUGAUCCACCCAUGAUCCCUGCAGGGAAAGGGAAGAGUAAGAACAGAAAGGAGAAGCCCUUCCUGGGCUCUGGGAAGACACUGACAUCUCCAGCCACAGCUACAGCCUCUGCUGUACACACAGACACUAACAGAGUAGAGCUUCCAAUGGACGUCACACCUCCACCUGAUCCUUUCCUUUCUGGGCCUCUAGCCCCUGACACCAGUGGCAGCUCCCUCCUCUCUGCACAGCCAACUGUGACACUGCCCCUUGGCAGCACAGCCAUAGCCAUGGGCUCCGGUCCCCAGUCAGGAACUGACACUGGUGUGACUGUGGCACCACCCAGUGGCAGCACAGCCACAGGCACAUCCUCUGCUCCCCAGACAGGGAUUGACACCGGAGUAGAACCUAUGGAUACCACACCUCCACCUGAUCCUCUUCCCCAGGGGGCUCCUGCUGGCACCAGUGGGAACUCCUUUCCAUCUUGGGAUCUCCUUCCCAUCUGCACAGCUGAAUGUGGCACGGACCAGGGGCAGCAAGAGGGCAGCCUCUUCCUGGCUAGGACAGAGCUUGAGCGUUGGUGCGCCCCCACAUAA